CAGAGUGAGGUCGUGUGUACGAUUACCGGGCCUAAGUUACGAUUACAGAGUCUCAAUUACGAUUACCUAGUCGUGAAGAGUGUUAGUGAAAUGGUGCUUACUGAUUUUUUGACGGAAACUAGGAGGAGGUGGUUGAAGGCUUUCAAGCUCUUCAAGAGGAACAAAAGCAACAAAGCCGCUCGCAACCGCAUUUCCCCCGCAUUAGUCCGGUCGCCAUCUUACAGCGGCACCGUCGACGCUCGCUCAGAAAUAGACCUCCAACGCUUCUGCGCUUGCCGAGCGUCCCUCCCGCCGCUCCGAGCAGCCUCAAGCGAAAACAACUCUAACUACAGCAGCUACAACAGUUACAGCUCCAGAAACGACAGUAUCGAGACUUACGAUAGGAAUUUUGAUGGCGCGCGAUCUGAUUCGGCGUACGAUUCGGCCAGAAGCAGCCCAGCCAAUCAGAGAGCGCCUGUUUGCUAUGCGACAGUGACGUACUUCAAUGUGAAUGACAGUGAAGAUAGCAGCAGCAUUCGCACGGAGUUCACGUUGCUGGAUUGCGAGGCCGAUGAGAGGGAUGAAGACGAGAACACCCAGAAUAUUAUCAAUGAAAGCAUUGAGCUCGUGAGCUCGUUAUGAACAAGCUACGCGUGUAAAUGUAGCCGCUAAAAUGUUACUUGAUGGACGUUUUAAUUUUAAAUAAAUUGAAAAUUGCUUUGUUACAAAAACAAAAGUUGGGAAGUACGAAACUAAUAAGAAAAAUAUUUUUGAGAUUCAUUAGUAAGAGGUGUGGGUGAGCAUAAUUUUAAAUUAAUUUUAUACAUUUCCUAAGUUAGCCAUUUCGAAUUUAAUUACAGCCUAACAUAUAAAUUAUGCUUCGAUAUUUAAUCAACUGAAUGAGUAUUAUUUUAGAACUGGGUUAGACUCCCUAGUACCCAAGAAACUAAACAAGGAUAAUACUUGUUUAUUUUCAGCCAUUGUUAUGACAUUAUUAUCAUAAUCACAUCGUUUCGACAACUGACGUGUUCGUGUUAUUGACCUAAAUACGUAAUAUCGAAAAACAUGCGUUAUUUCGUCUCGAUAUCCUAUGAUAGACACUUCUGCGAAUUCGUGGGCGUGUGUUAGGUACACAGCUUAUUUACUACAUAAAAAUGUUGACUGUAACAAUUUCUGCAAAAUAUUUUGUUUAACACUGAGAUGAGUUGAUUUGUGGAUGGAUCUGAAUUGAUUAGUCAAACAAGUUAUACUCGUACAUGUCAUUUGAAGUUAUAAUUUGGGUUAUUUGUAAAAUCUAUGAAAUAGUCCAAUAACUUUUUUAUACGUUAAUAAUACUGAGGCUUGUUGUUCGAGCAUUCAAUACAAAAGAUCUGUGUCAUUGGCGUGUAGUUUAUUUGGUCAUUUUAUUUAAUAAUUAUUUGUUGGAAUCACUUUUUUAAUUUUUAUACUUAUAAUACAGUUGACAAUCAGUCAAAACUUUUCUUUUGUACAGCAUAAUCUUGACUGGACUAUCUAUACAGAAUCUACGCAUCUUUUAACUACCCACACAUUUAUCUUUGAGUGAUAAUUUGGUUGAGUAUUAUUUUCAAAGUGACAUUUUAGCGACACCGAAAAUGAAUAGUGCGAGAGUACCAAAUAAUUGUGAUAUUUGUAAGUGUAUAUUUAAAAUAAUUUAAAUUCGUUGAUCUCAUAUGUGUAGAUUUUAUGAAUGUUUUGAUGAAUGAUAUGCUUAGAAGUAAAUAAGGCUUUAAACAUAUGAACUUCAACCAAAUAAUUUAUUGAAAUUAAAAAUUCAUAAUAUUACAAAAAAAAACAACAUUUGUGAAAAAUUUAAUCCCUAUUUAAAAAAAAAUUAAGUAUCAUAAAUCACCAAUGUACCUAUAGGAUCAUUCCUAUACAUUUGUGAUUUUAAAAUAAAUGUCUUCAUUUGUCUGAAAUAUUUUAAAUACGACUCAUAAAUGUUCUAUUGGUUUUGAUAAAUGUAUUUUACGCAAAUAUAUGAUCGAAUUUAAGGACGUAUGGUAUCAUCUUUAUUCGAAAUAUUUACAUACAUAUAUUGACAUAUAUAUCUGUUUAUAUAAUCUAAAAAUAAUGUAACUAUGAUCCGCUACGUUAUCGUGGUCAAUAUCGAUUUACUGUGCAUAAAUAUUUUUGUAAUAAUAAUAAUAAAUGUAAUAAUUAGAAUUAUUGAAAUAUUAAACGAUAUUAAUAAUUUCA